GUUUUUUUCUUCCUGAUACAGAUGAUGCAGGGAGUGAAAUAAGGAUAAGGCAUAUUGUGAGCGGAAGUGAACCCGUGAGGUCAUCAUGGGAGGCAAAGUCAGCUCCAAAAUGGCAGCUCCCACCGCUCGAGUGAUACAGGUUGUGAGGCCACACGCUCCACUGAUCAAAUUCCCCAACAGACAUGGCAACCCAAAGCCCAAUGUCCAAGAAGCUCUAAAAACCCUUGCAGUUAACCUUCAACAACACAACGCUCCCAGUGCUCCUUCAGCUGCUGCUCCUUCUCAGUUUUCACGACCACUUUCACCUUUCACCCCGAUCCCUGGCACGCCCGACACUCUUGCCUCUGUUCAACUCCUACCUGCGCGGUAUCGCCGAAGACCGCUCUCAGCCGAUGAAAUGGACUUUAUUCAGCGUGGUGGUCCAGAGUGAUGUGUAGGGAUUCAAUCAUUACAACCAAAGUCCUUAUCUGUGGAUCAGUCUCUCCCUUUCUGUUCCUCAGCACCAAUGCCAUAUGAUACAUAAUUUAGAAUAAAGUAUUACUUCUUGCUGUUCAAA